UCUUUGCACAGAAGCCAUCACGCAGAACAUUAUCAAAUCAAGAAAUUUAGCUUAUCUACGUCAACAACCGUUAGCACUCUGUCGACCGCGUUAUGAUAAUGAUUGCUCAGCGUCUGAAUAGAAAAUUUGUUGCUCUUGUUGCAUGCAUUCUGAUUGGUAUACCGGAUGGCUUUGCAAAUACAACAAUGUCAUCUCCAUCUGCAAGUAACAUGUCAUCAAAGGAGCAUGCGACGGCAUCUCCAUCUGCACGUGACAUGACAUCAAUGGUGCAUAUGACGCCAUCCCCAUCUGCAAGUAGCAUGACAUCAAUGGUGCAUGCGCUGUCAUCCCCAUCUGCAAGCAACAUGUCAUCAAUGAUGAAUAUAAAGUCAUCCGCAUCUGCAAGUGACAUGACAUCAAUGGUGCAGAUGAUGUCAUCCCCAUCUACAAGUAACAUGUCAUCAACGGAGCAUGCGACGUCAUCCCCAUCUGCAAGUGACACGACAUCAAUGAUGAAUGUGAUGCCAUCCACAUCUGCAAGUAACAUGACAUCAACAGUGCAUAUGACGCCAUCCCCAUCUGCAAGUGAUAUGUCAUCAAUGAUGCAAAUGGUGUCAUCCCCGUCUGCUAUUGAUACGACGACAAAAAUGGCUGUUAUGCCAUCACCAUCUGCUAGUGAAAUGGUUCUUACGGCAACGCCAAAGCCUACGUGUUCUCCAGGAUUUACUGGAGGGAACUGCUCUAUAAAUAUUGAUGACUGUACACACGAUAGCUGUUCCGGAAAUGGUCUUUGUACUGACAAAGUAAAUGACUUUGUAUGUGUUUGUAACGAUAGUUACUUUGGAAAAAACUGUGAGGAAAUCUAUGCUCUUGAUGGAAACUGGGAAUUAAUGGAGAACGGAUCUAACGGCUUGAGGGCUCAUCCUGAUUUCAAGAGUCGUAACGCACCACAGAGCUAUGUGUCUCCAAUGUAUGAGAGAGUAUCUGGAUCGGAUAACAAAGCAUAUCACGAAGACAGUGCAUUGUAGGUUUAAAUAAAAGAUCUGAUUGAUGUCAUCGAAAAAAUCAGCUUGUUAAAAUGGGUCUUCGAACUCUGCGACCUAAUCCUAACAGUCGGUUUCUUAACAGAACAACUUUAUUUUAUAUAUUUAAGCGAUUCCAAGUUAAUGGUAAUAGAAGUUUGUUUCUCUGAGGUAUCACUUAAUUCUACGUGUGAUAAUUUUUUACUAGUCGGUAGAUAUUGUAUAAAAAAGCGAUAAACAUUUUAGGGAUUUAAGGGUCUAGAAAGUGUUAAUGACAUUGAUCAUAUCUACAAAGUUUUUGUUUUUCAUGCUUUAUUUGUCCAUUUUCUGGUCAACAAACAGUUAAAUUCCAUGCAGUGGGCCUGUUUGGCAACAGAUUAAAUAUAAAGUCAAUUUAAUGUGUUGAAAACAUCAGUGAUCAGUUGCACUCUCGCUUGCGGCUCGUUUGCAACUUUUUGUUCUAAUAUCAUUUCGACAUUUUAUGUAAUUCUUCUCUUAAAAAGACGGCGAAGUGACAACUGCAAAGCUGACUAACACGCCUAACAUGAAAAACACCUGAGAUGUUAUUCUAACUAACAAGGCGAGAAAAAUAUGUAAAUUUUAAUAAAGAACAACAACAAAUUCAAUUCAA